AUGUCCGACUCGUCGUCAGACGGAGAAGACUCGAGCUACCGGCCCAGCCCAUCGGGAUCCUCAAGGUACAUCGCGAGCGCAGGUAUGCCGCCAUCCAGCGGAUGCGCACUACUGCAAGCGUUGCGAGGACAAGUACAAGCAGGACAAUACCCAACCACGGGCGGCGAGUAUCUCGAAGCCAUCUUCACGCAUCGAGAGGCGGUCGCAGCGUUCCCGCAGGGACACCACAAUUGCGCAGUCGGGUUCAGUGAUUUGGCCAUGGAACUGGAGCGACGGGGCAUGAGGCCGGACAGAGAAGGAGAUGCAGAGGCUGUGGCAGCUUUCAGACACGAAGCAUGGGUCAUUUGGGAGCAGUCCGUGGUGGCAGGCAGACCAUGA